UAGACCGCGGCUUUCUGGACAAACCGGUUAUUUGAAACUAAAACGCGUGUUGUUUGGACACCAUUGUUACACAUUUUAUCCGGAAUAUCUCUCUGAUUAUCACGGGACAUGUUUGUUUAGUUGGUUACAUUUUUCGUACUAAUUAUCUAUUUCUUUAUUUAGAUAGUGUAGCUGUGCUCGUGACCUUCAGCAGUGAGAUGGAGCUGGAGCAUUUCGACGAGCGGGAUAAGUCGCAACGGAACAGCCGAGGAGGGGGCAGGUUGAACGGGGUGACCAGCCCGACACACAGCGCCCACUGCAGCCUCUACCGUUCCCGGACACUCAAGAACCUCAGCUCAGAGAAGAAGGCCAAGAAGGUCCGCUUCUACCGCAACGGGGACCGCUACUUUAACGGGAUAGUGUACGCCAUCUCAGUGGAGCGGUUCCGGUCGUUUGACGCGCUGCUGGCGGAUCUAACCCGCACGCUGUCUGACAAUGUGAAUCUGCCGCAGGGCGUCAGGACCAUUUACUCCGCGGACGGAACCAAAAAGAUCACCAGCACCGAUCAACUGUUGGAGGGCGAGAGCUACGUGUGCGGCUCCAUUGAGGUAUUCAAGAAGCUCGACUACACCAAGAACAUCAACCCCAACUGGUCUGUGAACGUCAAAGCUUCGUCUGGGGCGGCCGCCCGCGGGCCCCUUUCUCUGGGCAGCUCCAAGGCCGGACCGCCAGACACCCGGGACCAGGGGGUGAAGGAUUUCAUCCGGCCCAAGCUGGUGACGGUGGUGCGGAGCGGGAUGAAGCCCAGGAAGGCUGUACGGAUCCUUCUCAAUAAGAAGACGGCCCAUUCAUACGAACAGGUCCUCACCGACAUCACGGAGGCCGUCAAACUGGACUCUGGGGUGGUGAAGAAGAUCUAUACACUGGAUGGAAAACAGGUGACAUGUCUCCAAGACUUCUUCGGUGACGAGGACAUCUUCGUAGCGUGUGGACCGGAGAAAUACCGUUACCAAGACGACUUCCAGCUGGAAGAGAGCGAGUGUCGUGUGAUGAAGUCAGUGGUCUUUGGUAAAAUGUCCGCCCCUGUGACCAGCCGUGGUUCUCCGCGCUCCAUGGGCCUGUCAAGAGGCAGCAAGUCCCCCGCAGGCUCCGGUUCUAUCUCUCUUUAA